AUGACAAAUUGCUCAUUUUUCUUUCAUUUCAAAGCAUUAACUGGUUAUCAGCCGACAUCAGAAUUUAGUAUUUUCAAUCGCAAUGGUGAACUAUUAUUCAAUGUAAAAGAAGAUUCAACUUGUUGUCAACGCUGCUGGUGCACUAACAGCCGUGAAUUUACACUUCAUAUUCGAGAUACUGCCGAUAACGAAGUUAUUCGAAUGUCACGUGCAUUGAAAUGUUGUUGUGUAUGCUGUUGGUGUGGUGAUUGUGAGAGCUGUAAGCAAGAAAUCAUAGUGGAAUCACCACCGGGAACUAUUAUUGGCAGCGCCAAUCACGAAGGAAGCCGAUGUCGAAUGCGAUAUACUCUACGUGAUGCUAAUCGUACAAAUACAUUGGGCAUUAUUGGACCUCGUUGCAUCUGUGAUGGAGAUUUUAGCUGUUGUUGUGAAAGCGAAUUCGCAAUCUACGGCACCGAUGAUUUAACAAAGAUCGGUGGUAUUCGUAAAAAAUAUGCUGGAUAUAUCAGUGAGGCUUUUACAAGUGCUGAUUCAUUCACAUUGGAAGGUAUCUGCAUCAUUUAA